AUGGGCAAGGCCUUGAAAGAGAUGCAAAAGAGAAAUCCCUUCCUUGGGCAGCCAUCGCACGGACUCUACGCCAUUGUCAAGGACUGUGAAACGGCUGUCUGCGAUGGUGAUGAGGAAAAAGCAAAGGACAUCUUGGAACGGCUGGAGCAUGAAGUAGAGCAGGAGACGACCACCUUGGCAGCCGCCUUCAAUCUUUUCAAGAAGCCGGGCCAGGAUAGCUUGUCAGAAGCAGAGGUGCGAACCAUGCUGCAGUACCUUGGCUUCCCAAAGGAAGACGAAGAUGUGGAAAAGCUACUCGCCGCUGUCGACACGGAUGGAGAUCGCCAGAUGAGUCUGGUGGAAUUCCGGCAGUAUGUUGCGCGCAUGGGUGGGAGCUUGCGUCUCUUCGAGAUUCGACGCAAGCAGAUGGAAGCCAAGCAUGGGCAGCGAGGUGGUGCGGAAUCUGAGGAUCCUGAGAAGCUGAGGAUGAGCCUCUUGGAGGCCGGUAUCAGAGAUGAUGCGCAGGCGUAUUGGCGACUGGUAGUGCCACCCACGGAGUUUUCCGAAGCUGCCAAGCUUGUGGACUGCCAGAGGAAUGCUGUCAGACAUAUCCGCGCCCUGGCGAAGCGGAAUCAUGAUGAUGCCCUGCCAAAGCUGCAGAGGCGGAUCGCUUCGCUGGGAUCUGGCAUCAAGGAGACAGAUCUGUGGAUGACGCUAGCUUGGAUCCGCGAGAUGGCGCCCAUCAUUGUGCAUGUGCAGCUGGACAAGAUGAUCAAGUUCAUGGAAAGUGACACCCAUUAUCGCAACCAGUUUGAAACAGCAACGUCUGGAGGACUGCUGAAGCCUGCCGUUCGCGAGAAGUGGGAGCGGGACUUGUUUGGAGGUUACUACGACAAAGCCAAGGGCUUCGACCGCUGCAAGUAUGGAGUGCUCAAUGCCAUGAACGACCAUCGCGGGGUUGUCAAAUGUGCGCAGUACGGCGACAGCUACCUGGUGCUCCGAGACGUGCGGCUGCGUUGCACCUUCUCGCCGGAGGACUCUGCAAAUCUGAAAGCCGAACGUCUUGCAGUUCUCGACUAUUACGGACAUGUGCUGAGCGAGUACAGCGAUCAGGAGUUGCUGGAGACGAUUCAGGUGGCGAAGUCUUCCGAUGCAGCCCUGCUUGGAGACUCUUCGAAAGUUGGGGCCAUGAAGUACAAGGAAACGCAGAUCCACGGCGAAGUGGCCUUUGAAAAGCACGUGGAGCGGCUGGUGGCGCACUCCAAGUACCGCGGUCGGGCGGAGGAGCCUCGCAUCAAAGCCGUCAGCCAGAAGUUUGGAUGGAAGUUUUCGUGGAUGGACGAGGAGCGGAAGCGCAUGGAGCGCGAAGAGCGCGCAAAACUGGGCUCUGCUGCUUGGGAGGAGCGCUUGUCUGCCCUCAUGGAAAAGGGGGUUCCAGAUGUGAAGGACGUUCCUCAUGGCUUCUGCAAGAAGGGCUGCGGGCGGAAAGUGGCACCCGGGAAGACGCGAAGAGGCAAAGCUUUCGACACCUGCUGUCGCGGCUGCACCCUGGGCUUCGGCCAUGAUUUGAUAUGUGGCUUCCUGGUUGCAAUGGGUUGA